AUGCUCGUGUCCAGGACCCCCCCGGCCCUGGGUGGGGGCCGGUCCAGGAUUUUCACCUCCCUGCUGCUCCUGGCUUCCACCGCUGUCUUCCAUGCUGCCGUGACACCUGCCCCUCCGGCCUGCGGGCGGCCGCAGCAGCUGAACCGGAUUGUGGGCGGCGAGGACAGCGCGGACGCCGAGUGGCCCUGGAUCGUGAGCAUCCAGAAGAACGGGACCCACCACUGCGCGGGCUCCCUGCUCACCCGGCGCUGGGUGGUCACCGCCGCCCACUGCUUCAAGGGCACUCUGAACAAGCCGUCCCAGUUCUCCGUGCUGCUGGGCGCCUGGCAGCUGGAGAACCCCGGCCCGCGCUCCCAGGAGGUGGGCAUCGCCUGGGCGCUGCCCCACCCCGUGUACUCCUGGAGGGAGGGCUCCCGCGCCGACAUCGCCCUGGUGCGGCUUGAGCGCUCCGUCCAGUUUUCGGAGCGGGUCCUGCCCAUCUGCCUGCCCGACGCCUCCAUCCACCUCCCCCCGCACACCAACUGCUGGAUCGCCGGCUGGGGCAGUGUCCACGAUGGAGUGCCCCUGCCCCACCCUCAGACCCUGCAGAAGCUGAAGGUUCCCAUCAUCGACUCGGAGAUCUGCGGCCGCCUGUACUGGCGGGGAGCCGGGCAGGAAGCCAUCACCGAGGACAUGCUGUGUGCGGGCUACCUGGAGGGGGAACGUGACGCCUGCCUGGGCGACUCCGGGGGCCCCCUGAUGUGCCAGGUGGAGGGCGCCUGGCUGCUGGCCGGCAUCAUCAGCUGGGGCGAGGGCUGUGCGGAGCGCAACCGGCCCGGCGUCUACAUCAGCCUGGAGGCGCACCGCGCCUGGGUGCGGAGGAUCGUGCAGGGGGUGCAGCUCCGCGGGCACGCCGACCUGGGCGGGGGCGAGCGGUCAUCGGGGUCCGGCGUCCACCGGGGGCGCCCCGCAGCCUGA